AUGAGUGAGCAGCCAUUGCCUUCAUCCCCAGUUGCUAGUGCAGUGGAGAGGAAGACAGCCGGUGCGUCGAGAUCGAAACAAGUCAUAAUCAAAAAGGAAGAAGAUGACGAUGACGGGGACGACGAUAUGCUAGAUGUAGCAGAAGCUGUUGCGGAUCAUAGUGCGAAUACACCAAGUGUCAACAUGGUUGGAAAGCGGCCACCUCCAAAGGUCAAAAAAGAAGUAUAUGAUGAUCCUAUGGCUUCUUCUCCGGCUCGAGCCACAACUGAAAUGAUCAAUCCUUCUUCCUGGAACGAUGUAACGAACAAAUUGAAUGUUCUCAACAGCUCAGUCACGGAUAUGCAACGGUUCGGAAAACUCACUUGUCAGGAAGCCGUAGAGGAGGACGGUAGCUUGAAAUUUUUCUGGUUGGACUACACUGAAAUUAACGGUAGUCUCUGCUUAUUCGGAAAGGUCAAGAAUAAGACCAACAACAGCUACGUGAGUGCUUUUGUGAAAGUCGACAAUAUUCUUAGGAAACUAUAUUUCCUACCCCGAGAAUACAAAUAUGUCCGUGGCCAAUCUACCAGCGAGGAGGUUGACAUGGAAGAUGUCUAUGGGGAGGUGGAUAAUAUCAUGAGCAGAUCGAAAGUUGAGAUGCAUAAAAUCAAACCUUGCACUCGGAAAUACGCCUUUGAGUUACCGGACAUUCCUAAAGAAGCCGAAUACCUAAAGCUGAUGUAUCCCUACACGAAACCUGCCUUGCCGAUGGAAUUGAAAGGCGAGACCUUUUCUCAUGUUUUCGGAACGAAUACUGCCCUUUUUGAGCAAUUCGUCUUGUGGAAGAAUAUCAUGGGUCCCUGCUGGCUAAAAAUUGAAGAUGCAGACUUCACAGCGGUCAAUGGAGCUUCAUGGUGCAAGCUUGAGUGCGAGGUCACAAAUCCUGCCGAAAUUUCAUUAGUCCCGGAUUCUGAAGAAAUUGAAACGCCCCCAUUGACACUCAUGAGCUUGUCGUUCAGAACACAGCUGAAUGUCAAGGAGAAUAAGCAAGAGAUUAUCGUUGCUUCGGCUCGUGUAUAUGAGAAUCUUUCCCUCAGUGAUACCACACCACCAGAAAACCUGCCUUGCAAAACCUUCACUGUUAUGAGGCCUUCAAACCUCUCUUACCCCCUUGGCUUUGAAGCCGAAGCUAAAAAGCAGCGUGGGACUGUCAUGCUUGAAAAAACCGAACAAUUUCUUCUCAGCAAGUUCUUAGCUUUGUUCGAAAAAAUUGACCCAGACGUCAUCAUGGGCCAUCAGCUUCAAGAGGUGGAUUUUAACGUCCUUCUCAGCCGAUUGAAGGAGAAGAAAACCCCUGGAUGGCACCGAAUUGGCAGAUUAAAGCGUGGCGAAUGGCCCAAAAAUUUCUCAAAAGGCUCCGGAUUUUUCAGUGACAGACAACUUCUAGCAGGAAGACUUCUUUGCGAUGUUGCUAAUGAUAUGGGCAAGUCUUUGAUGAUGAAAUGUCAGUCGUGGACCUUAACUGAAAUGUGCCAACUUUACUUGGGCGAGGGUGAUCAGCGCCGAGAAGUUGACACUGAAGCUGCUCUCAAAACAUGGGCAACUAGUAAAGAAGGGCUGAUGAACUUCCUCAGUCACUGCGAAGCGGAUACAUACUUCAUUGCUGCGCUUGUUCUCAAGCUACAGAUGCUUCCUUUAACCAAAGUUCUUACCAAUCUGGCUGGAAACUCCUGGUCUAGAACGCUUAGCGGAACUAGAGCUGAACGAAAUGAGUACAUUUUGCUUCAUGAGUUUUACCGUGGUAAAUAUAUUUGCCCGGACAAAUAUGGACACAAAAACCAGAUUAAGGUCGAGGAAAAUGAAGGAGAAGAAGAGGGAGUAGAUAAGAAGAAGAAGGAGAAAUACAAGGGUGGCUUGGUCUUUGAACCUGAAAAGGGUCUUUACGACAAACACGUUCUCGUCAUGGAUUUCAACAGUUUGUACCCCAGUAUCAUCCAGGAGUUUAAUAUUUGCUUUACGACGGUAGAUCGGCAUGCAUCGGUAAGUAUUUUGGCUUUGUCAUAG